AGUACCCGCAUUCCUUAUAUGCUAAUACCGUGGAGACGAGGAGAUGUCGAAUUACAAGCCUGUUGUCAUCCCAGCAUACCCUAAGCUUGGGGAAAAGAUAACACAUGACACACUGUACUGGAGGCGCUAUAAGACUCCUAUACAGAUCAAAGAAUUUGGUGCAGUAACAAAAGUCGACUUCUCACCAGUCCAUCCUAUACAAUAUGCUGUCACAGCAUCUACAAGGAUCCACAUUUAUGGCCAGUACUCUCAAGAGCCUAUAAAAACCUUCUCCCGCUUCAAAGACACAGCUUAUUGCGGGACCUACAGAGGGGAUGGCAAAUUAUUUGCCGCAGGCUGUGAAGACAGUGUUGUCCAGCUUUUCGAUAUCAGUGGAAAGGCUGCACUCAGACAGUUUGCCGGACACAGCAAAGCGGUGCAUGUUGUGGAUUUCAUGUCGGAUAAGUAUCGGAUUGUAUCUGGCUCUGAUGACUAUUCAGCCAAGAUCUGGGACAUCCCAAAUGGCACUGAAAUCUCUUCCUACAAAGAGCACAAAGACUACGUGCGCUGCGGCUGUGCUAGCAAACUCAGUGGUGAUUUGUUUGUCACAGGUUCCUACGAUCAUGUAGUGAAAUUAUUUGAUGCUCGCACAAAAAGGAGCACGAUGACCAUGGAACAUGAGCAUCCAGUGGAGAGUGUUCUCCUCUUCCCAUCUGAGGGGCUUCUUGUCUCUGCAGGUGGUCGUUAUGUGAAAGUGUGGGACAUGCUAAAGGGCGGACAGUUAUUGGUGUCCUUGAGAAACCAUCACAAAACAGUCACCUCUCUGUGUCUUAGCAGUUCCGGGCAGAGGCUGCUGUCUGCAUCAUUAGACAGACAUGUCAAGAUUUACAGCACAAUGAAUUAUAAAGUGGUUCACAGCUUUGACUACGACGCCUCAAUCUUGACUCUGGCAUUGGCGCCUGACGAUGAGAUGGUUGUGGUUGGAAUGACCAACGGAGUGCUUAAUAUCAAACAUCGGAAACCAGAAGAGAAGAAAGCAAAUGAGCCUCCAGCCAGGAAACAUCCGAGAUACAGAGUGUUUGUGAGGGGGAAGGACUAUAUGCCCAAACAGGAUGAUGUUGUUGUCAGUAAGCCAGUAAGGCAGCGCAUAAAGAAAUAUGACCGGCUACUCAGAGGAUUCCAGGCGUCUGCAGCACUCGAUGCAGUUUUAGAGACUAAGGUUCGAAAUGGAAGCCCAGAGGUGACCGUAGCGGUAAUGAAUGAAAUUAACCGAAGAGGAACCCUUAGAAAUGCUCUGGCAGGGAGAGAUGAGAAACAGCUGAGCUGCAUACUGACCUUCCUCAUAAAACAUGUGGUAGAGCCCCGCUUCGCGCCAAUACUGAUAAAUGUAACAGAACAAGUGAUUGAUAUUUAUUCAUCUGUUGUCAACCAGUCAUCUGUAAUCGAUAAACUAUUCCUGAGACUCCAAGACCUCCUAGAAAAGGAAAUCCUUUACCAAGAAGAACUUCUGGAGGUGCUUGGGAUGAUGGACACUCUCUUUGCAACUAUGACAAGUAAAAAGGAAACCAGUUCUGGGGAGAGCAAAUCUUUCAUCCCCGAACAGAAGACAUCAAUAGGCAUAAAAUCUUCCUCCUGAUCUUGACAGCUGCAGUUGGACCUUUUUUAUACCACUUUUUAAAACAUUUUAUAUGGGGGAAAUGUGAAUCCAUACCAUUUGUAAAAAUGCUGUCCAAUCCAA